UAAUAACAGUAACCAUAGAUACAUUGAAAGCACGUUUGUUUGGUGCGUUUGGAGUGAAGAAAGGGUUAUUCUUACCGGUAGUGUUCUCGUAAUUGCUUGACUAAUUUGUGUUAGACUCAUCUAAAUUAACAAUGAAAAUCGAAGAAGUUAAAAGUACUGUAAAGACCCAGCGAAUCUCUUCACAUAGUCAUAUUAAGGGACUAGGGCUUGAUGAAAAUGGAAACGCCAUUCAAAUGGCUUCAGGAUUGGUUGGACAAGAGAGUGCUAGAGAGGCUGCUGGCAUUGUUGUGGACAUGAUCAAAUCGAAAAAGAUGGCCGGUCGAGCCAUACUGAUGGGUGGACCUCCUGGUACGGGCAAGACUGCCAUAGCCUUAGCCAUCGCCCAAGAGCUAGGUAGUAAGGUACCAUUUUGCCUGAUGGUUGGCUCAGAAGUGUACAGCUCCGAGAUUAAGAAAACUGAAGUUUUGAUGGAAAACUUUAGACGUGCAAUUGGUUUAAGGAUCAAAGAAACCAAAGAAGUGUAUGAAGGGGAAGUAACAGAGUUGACUCCAGUUGAAACAGAAAAUCCCAUGGGCGGGUACGGCAAGACUGUGUCUCACGUAAUUAUUGGACUGAAGACUGCUAAAGGCACUAAACAACUAAAGCUGGACCCUAGUAUCUAUGAGUCUCUACAGAAGGAGAAAGUGGAGCCAGGAGAUGUGAUCUACAUAGAGGCUAACAGUGGUGCAGUCAAACGACAAGGCCGUAGUGACACUUUCGCUACUGAGUUUGACUUGGAGGCGGAAGAAUAUGUGCCGUUGCCCAAAGGAGAUGUCCACAAGAAGAAAGAAGUGAUCCAAGAUGUCACUUUACAUGACCUGGAUGUUGCCAAUGCCAGACCCCAGGGGGGUCAGGACAUUCUCAGUAUGAUGGGACAGCUUAUGAAGUCAAAAAAGACAGAAAUUACAGACAAGUUGCGGAAGGAAAUAAACAAAGUGGUGAACAAAUAUAUAGACCAGGGAAUCGCAGAAUUGGUACCAGGAGUGCUGUUUAUUGACGAGGUCCAUAUGUUAGACAUAGAGACCUUCACUUACCUGCACAGAGCUCUAGAGAGUGCCAUUGCGCCCAUCGUCAUCUUUGCUACCAACAGGGGUCGUUGUGUUGUAAGGGGUACAGAGGAUAUCAUCUCCCCUCAUGGUGUGCCACUGGACUUAUUGGAUCGCCUUUUGAUCAUUCGCACGCUGCCCUACUCACGUCCUGAGAUUGAACAGAUAUUGAGGAUCCGGGCUCAGACUGAGGGCAUCAGUGUCGAUCCUGAAGCCCUUCAGGUCCUCAGUGAUAUUGGCUCUCGCACCACCCUCAGGUAUGUGGUCCAACUGUUGACGCCUGCAUUCCUUACUGCGAGAGUGAACGGCCGUUCCUCCAUAGCCAAGGAGGAUGUACAAGAGGCUGGUGAUCUGUUCUUGGAUGCUAAGUCUUCUGCCAGAAUUCUUACUCAGAACAAGGACAAAUUCAUGCAAUAGUUUUGUCACUCUUUCGGUUAAAGGACAGACUUGACACAUAAGUAUGUGUGUAAUAACAUGGAAAGAACUUUCAACAGUUCGAUUCUCCUAAUAGGUGAUUGAGAGUUCCAAGUUAAAUAUUCCUCUCAACAAACAACACAGGAUGAACACAAUGAGCAUAUAUAUAUGUUAUUUAUGAUUUUAACGUUGUUAGCCAUAAUUAAUUACACUGUUAACAUAUUGUGUUGAUUGUAUGUUUCUUAAAAAUCAAAUAUUGUAUUAUAAACUUAGCUGUGAUCUUAUUUUACAAUACACACCAAUUUCUUA